CUUGAGUAAAGAGCCAUUAGAAAUGGUGGCAAAUGGUCAUCCUAUGGGGCCUGUGUCAGAAAUGUUGUCCUUCCAUUCCGAACUGUCAUCGUAGAAUGGCUAGGUAACAUCACGUUGCUUUCAUGGCUUGUUACAAUGGCGAGGUCGGCACAAAAUUUCCAACGGGGCGAUGGGAAGAGUUUUGUAAAGACCGGGGCGAAGUAGCGGCGAUCAAUUUCGCCAAUGAAUUCCUUCAAUUUGUAAGAGACAACCCAGUUUUUGAUGUAUCGGGAGCAUCUGGUACAUUUUCUAAGCGUUUCGUCGAGCAUUUCCUUCAAGCAUUUGACGUAGAGGUGCAUAAACAAGACGGAUUUCUGGACCUCGAGGCCCCCGACUCGCCGACCGAUGUGUUCGGUCCAGACGAUUGGGGUUCAAGCGUUCAUCUCACGGGCACAUUUAAAGCUCCAGAGAAGAAAACAAGUGAAUCCAGCUUCAAAUUCCUUGAGAAAUUAAAGGACGUGAAAGGAUUUUUCAAACGCAAUGCGAACGAAGAGUUACCUCCUGCCAAACAGGCGGAAACGAGGAGAGAUCUGGAAGAUCAAAGAGCUCAAUUUCUGGAGACGAAACUGACAACUUCUGUCAAACGCGAAGGAAUCAUGAAUUAUUUAAUGAACUUGGAAAGUGGAAUGAAUACAGAGGACUUCUUUUGGCAGAAAUGUCGAGUGGUUCUGUUCAAAGCACCUGGAGGGUUUAUGUUGGAGUUUUAUACACCUCCAAAGGUAAUUCAACAGAGAUCGAAAUUUCUAACUUAAGGAACAGGUUUUAUGUUUUGAUCUCUUUGCUUUCUAGUCAACCGACCACCUGGUUGGUCAUUUUCCCUUAUCGCUCCAUUAACUCACAAUGUUGCCUAUGUAUUUGUAUUGUCUCUUGAGGUUUUUAAGGGUGUUAAUACUUAAUCAAAACAUGAAUGGACUCGGUGUGAAACUUUUCUUCUUGUUUACAGCUUAUCGCCAGGAUGAAUGUUAAGUCAAAAUUUUUCACCGAUCGAAAGUUGACCGUGAUCACCUGUUUAGCUUAAAGCACAUAGAUGUAGCGGCCCAUUAUGAUGUUCUUCCUUUUUUUCCAUUCUGCUAUAUACGGUUUAAGUCUGAUUAUCACUUCCUUGAUCUACGCGAUAUAUUUGUUAUUUUUGGAUCAGAUCGGAUUAAAAUUGGAUCUAGGAAGGAAUUAUGUUUUUUUUCAUGUCAGUGAAAUUCAAUUUAUUUGUUUCUUUGGGAAAUAAGAGGGUUUUUAAAUGAUAUGUUUGAUAUUUAAACAUUGAAGUGUCGGUUUUUUUCAUAGGUAUUUGUAAUCAAUAAGUGUGUAUUUGGAAUGAGCUUGUUGGGUAGAUAUAUCGUGUAUUUACCUGUAGGUCAAUUUUUUUUCCUUUCAUUUUCUUAAUGUUUUAAGUGUGGGUUGCACACAAGAUUCAUCUAAUGCAUUGAGCAAAGAGAAAAUGAAAAAAAUUGAAUGCCAUCAAGAACAAGACACAUUAGAGUUAGCUGCAAACUCAUAUUCAUGGAUCUGCAAGGGAGGACAAACAGACCAUAUCAGUGGCCAAGUCAUAGGGAACUGUGACAUGAAAAAGUCUGGUCAUUCUUCUUUCCUCCCUUUCCUCAAAAAAGAAAAACUAAUCAGCGAAAAGAAAUGAUACAGUUUUGUCUCUUCUCCUAUUGAGUGGGAUUAAGGUCUAGGUGGUUCAGUAUUGGCUCAGCUUUUUUUCAGUUUUUGGGUUUAACAAAUUUAAGAGCAAAAUGAAGCUGAAGUCCAUGAAAAUGUUGCAAAGAAAAGGCAUAUAUUGCAACCUUGAGUGAGCAAGACUGAUGUAUAUACGAUUUGUUAUUGAAGAACGAUCACUGGGUCAAGAAACACAUUUAAAGUUGAGGAGAAAAUAGAGCUUGCCAUUUGACCAACUGAGCUUUCAAACAAACUGGGAGCUGGCCUGAUAAUUCUUAAGGCAACACUGCAAAUUUUCAUGUUUCUCUUUUAAAGAUUUAUUGCAUAGCAAAAGUCAGACACAAGCAUUUUUAUUUUAGAUAAGAAGGAAUAUAUCACCCAAAGGCCAAUCAAACAUAAUUUAUCUUGUUUAUUCAAGAAGCUAACCAUUAAUACCAUAUACCAUUUCCACCCUGUUUUCAUGGACUAUGUAAACUCAGGGCUGGUUCAGUGUUUCAAGACCUCACUUUGCACAUCAAUCUUCUUAUAAUAAUAGUGUUAUUCAAUUCAUAGAGGAGAAGUAGGGUUGUUUUAUUUCUUGGUUAUGGAAAUCUUGGUUUUGCAACCAAGAUCUUGAUAAACAGGCUAGAAAUAAUUUCCAUUUUAACCACUCCUGCAAGGUAUAAGUUUAACCAUGUUUAUUUGGCCAGUCCCAAUAAAUGGGUUCGUAUAUAUCAUCCAGUGUUACAACAUCUACCUCAUCCUCUUUUUCUCAAGAGAAAAGAGGAAUAAUUUUGUAUGGGAAUCUAACAGUCUAUCAGAAAUCACCUAGGACUUUAUGUAGUGCUUCCCUACAAUUGAACCUGUUUGAUUAACCAAUUAAGCAAAUUCAACUGGACUUUUGUUGUAGAGGUGUUUUUUCUUUCAUUCUAUAGUCACCUAAACCAAAGACAGGAAUAUUCUGCUUCCUCAUUCAUGAAGCAAGGCCUGCAACAGAGUUGGAGCUGCCAGGAGGAGAGAAUGUGUUUGUCAUCAAGGUUUGCAAUGAAUUAUAACAUAUACUAUCUUUACUGACACAUUAUGGGAUACACAUCUUCACAAUAAGGAUCAGCAAUAUUUAAAGCUUUCCUUAUGAAGAAAUAUGCUUAAUUAAGCAAAGGUCAGAAAAUCUUAUUUAUGACAGAUGACAAAUUCUUUGCUCAGAUUCCUAAAAGGGACUCAGAAUUUUUCUUUGUCUUGCAUUUUUUGGUACUAAGACCUAAUAAGCAUCUCUCUAUGUUAAAAAUGUAAUGUUCCAUGAGGUGUAACCUAAUGCUAGCAGACCUUCACAAAUCCAAUAGCACCAAGUUUAACUCCUAAGACAUCUACAUUUAACUUUCUCUUAGACACCUUGAUGUAUUAGUUUUGUUUACAGUGGAUCUGUUAAUUUUUUUCUACAGGCUGUAAACAAGAGAGAAUACAUGCUAGCAGCUAAUCACAAGGAGGAAAUGGAUGAGUGGCUGGCUGAGAUAAGAAAAUGCAUGGAAGAAGAUCAGGGGUCAACCAGUCAAAGGUGAAGGGCUGAAUAAAUUGUUUUUCUGUUGUUGUUAUUAAAUUGGAGAGUGCAGUAUUACUCUGUGAGAAAGGUUUCCUUUAACUUUUCUUGGGCAAUAUUGGGCUUUAGCUUUUAAUGGGCUGACAUCACAUUUUUUCUGUUUGAUAGCCAGCGUGAAGAGUUCCUAAGCUGAUGUCUUAGGAGUUAGCCCUUUGUCAGUGCAAGUGACGUCACACUUCUUUUGUCUUUAGUUCGUUACUGAACUGUUUGUAACAGGAACACAUAGAAUCAUUCUGAAUGGUGUUUGGUCUACAUCUUCAGCUAGGGGUCAGUUUCCAACAGCAGCCAGCUGACAGAUAGAUCUCCCUGUUUUUAACCAUUUAAUUCCUAGAAGUGAUGAACAUGUAACUUCUCCCUCUAGUGUCCAUACAUUAUCCAGCAAACAGGUAGUGAGAUUACUCAAACUUAUCAGGUACAAGAUACUAUUUUGAUUGAACACCAAAUUCUUGUAAACAAUUAAAAAAAGGAAAUGUGUAGCAGGUAGAAUAGAGAAUUAACAAUCAGAUCUUGGGAGGUAGAGGGUUAAUACAGUUGUACUCAUCCAUACAAUGGUUUAUGGAAACCACUUUUAACACUGUGGGCAUCACAGAAGUACUAAUCAAAACUUUAUGUAUGAAAACGCUCAAAUUAUAAUAUUAGGGCUGUGGUUUGUCCCUCUAUGCUCAUUUGUCACUCUGUUAUUUCUUGCUGUCUGCAGUGGUCCAUCGAUAUCUGGUUCUGAUGAGAGAGGUGCAGAGGCAGCCCUUCCCCCAAGUACCCCAGCAAAUGCAGUGGCUGUAUCAAACUCAGUAGUGGGAGCUAAACUUGGAGAUGGUCAAGCACUAAGAGUCAGACUGGACAGUUACCCUGCAGGCAAGUGAUAUUUAUUCCAUUUUUGCAUUAAAAAUUGGAUAUUGAGUUCAAAGCAUUUUUGCAGAAUAAGAACAAAACAAGACUUGAAUACUAGCUGAACUGAAGGAAAUAAACAUUUUGCUCUUGCAAGACACUCCCCCAUUCCCUUAUGAAAUCCUUGCUCUUUACCAAAGUCAACCAUUUCUGGGAAAUAUUUCUGUUUUGCAUGUUUUCUAUUUUGCGUGUUUUCUACUUGAACAAUGUUAUUGCCAAUGUGACCCCCCUUACCCCUCCCCCCCCCUCCUUUACCCCUACUGAGCAAUUUCGCAGGAAAAACAUGGAUCUAUCUGUCAGGGACUUCAAUUGGUUGAAUAUUCAUCCAAUCGGACUCUUGCUUAUAUAGGAGUAGCAAAGAAGAAAGUCUCUUAUUUUUGUUUGCAACGAACAACAUGCAUCACACAAGAAAUGAAGCCAGAAACCUUAACACAAGCAUAAGAAGCCAGAUGAUUUUUUGGAAUUUUGGAACAUAUGAAGCUUAAAUCUUAGUUUUUUUGUGGGCAACUGAUCCAAACUUCCUUUUAUCCAGGAGUUUUGGUCACCUGUACGGGAGAGCAGAAGAUUGGCUCUGUAUCUGGGAGACUCCUGGAUAAUCCGGGGUAGUUGGCAUAUAUGUAUAAGAAUGAAGUCACCUAUGUGUAGAUAUUUCAGGUUUCUUUUAUGAUCCUAGAGAAAUUUUUCUUUAGGAUGACCAAACAUUUACUAGUAACUGGAAGUGGUCAAGAGUUAGAUGAUCACUGGCCAUGGGGCUGCUGUGACCUUUAUUUUUUUGAGAAAGCAAUGCUAAGGCUAAUUUUGAAGUGAAACAGAGAAAAGGCUUGUUAUCAACCCCAGGCAAACUACCUUUCCCCUGCUUAAAGGCAUGUUGGGAACAUAGCACACGACUGUAAAUGUAUUUAAUUUAAUAUAUAUUGAUUGUCACUUUCAGUUUAAUAACUGUAAACUCUGGCUUUUGUCAUUGUCCAGAUAAAAAAUCCACAGAGGCCGUGUCCAAUUUAGCAAAAAGACGGAAUGUUUACACUCCUUCGUCACUUCAAAUACAGAACAGAUCCACAGGAUCAUUUUCUUCACCUCAUGGUCCUCAGACCCCCACAUACCAAGGUCUGUUGAUAGAAGAGUGUUGUUGUCAAACUUAGCAUUAUUUUUUAAAUAUAUUUCAUUAUAAUAUGGUCGUUGUUGGUUGUGAUUCAGUUCCAAAUGUGGUUCAAAAUUUUAAUUUGGACCUUUUGUUUUUUGGAUGUGGCAAUGUGCGAUAAUGGUGAUUAUGUGAAAGAUGCAUAUAUUGUGAAUGUGUUUGCUCUUCUGUGAGCGUUACAAAAAAAAUUGUUGUACUUAAUGUUAACAUUACAGAUGAUCUACCCCAUGGCCGUCCUCCUCCGGAACUUCCUCCAAGAUCUCCAACCAGCAGUGAGGUGACACCCUCUCUUCCCCCUAAUCAGCCUGAUCUGUUGCGGCAGAUUUCUGCUCAAGGAGCACCACAAUCAACUAAUGAAGGUAGAAUUCUUUAUCAUAUUAUUUUGUAUAUCAAUCAUUCAGUAGUGCAAUAGUAUUGUUUUUGGAGGUUGUUUAAACUUUAGAAGUCUGGGAGAUUACGUGGACUUCGUAUAAUUUAAAUGACUUUCUCAAUAUGGUGACAAGGUUAGACAAUUCUGUUUAUAAUUAUGGAAUGAUUAGGAAAGUGGUAGAUACACUGAAAGAUAAGACACAGAAUUUUUUAUUUUCUAAGGAAUGCCACAACAGUUCUAAGGUCUUCUGUUCAAAAUCAGAGAGUUGAACUGUGAUUUUACACAAAAUGGUAGUUGUUCUUGAUAACUAAAGGAAGCAUAACUAAGUAUGAUUAGAAAGAAAGAUUUAAAUUGGCUUGAUCCAUUUCAUGACUUAAUGUGGGUUACUCCCUUGAAUAAUUUAAAUUACUUUAAAUUCUUUGAGCUGAAGCUCUGAAACUCAGUGGCCCCUUCAUCAAGACUUUUUCUUGAAAUGGUAAAGAUAUUUUAUCUUUAUUAUUAUUUUCUUUCAGAAAACACAGUGUGGGUUACAGCUUCUAUGGAAAAUCACCCUCUUGCAAAUUACCCAUGGUUCCAUGGAACCCUGCCAAGAAUAGAGGCCUCUCAUCUGGUGUCACAGGGAGGCCAGCAGUGGCAUGGGAUAUUCCUAAUAAGGCAAAGUGAGACAAGGAGAGGGGAAUAUGUGUUAACAUUUAAUUACCAAGGGAGAGCAAAGGUAAAUAUCCAUUGUUUUGGUUGUUUCUUUGGGAAAAGAAAGGUUUUAAGCUUUCAAUGCAUAGAAAGACUUGUUAAAAUUGUGGCUUGGAAGGUGGAUGCCUUUUGCUUUCAUUAUUUUACAGGUCAUGGGAAACCUGAAAGUCAUAGAAGUGUAAAUUGUAUGAACCUGUCUAGAGAAAACUGUCUCAUAUUAAGUGAAAAAUUCAGCAAUGUUGGAGCACUUCCAAAAUUUACUGAAAAAUUGAAGGGACUAUUGUCUUUGCCUCUAGCCUUUCAGCUGUGUUCUGACUUAUAGUUAUCAAUUUAAAUUUGAUUUUUUAUGUAAUUAACGGCUUAUUUAGUCAAUGCUCAAUUUGAAAUUAUCCAAAUUUCAGCAUCUCAGACUUGCCUUGAACGUGGAGGGCCAAUGUCGUGUCCAGCAUCUCUGGUUUCAGAGCAUUUUUGAAAUGCUGGAGCACUUUCGAGCUAAUCCAAUUCCGCUAGAGAGUGGUGGACCUUCUGAUGUAAUGCUCACAAAUUUUGUGGUUUACACAAGUUCUGGUUCACCCCAACCUGGAAGCUCCUUGCAGCGCACCCAUGUAGGCCAUGGAGGUGAAGGUGGUCUGCGCCGUUCUCACAGCCUUCAUGUAAACAGGAUAACUAGAGCAGCAACCAUCCAAGGUGGCUCUGUUCGAAUUGCAUCAAAUACGGCCAAUGGCCAGGUGCAUUCAAGGGCAGUUGAAAAUCAGUAUGCCUUUGUUUGAAUUUGAAGGCUAAAUUUCAAAAGUUGUAUGCUCUUCUGUUAAAUUUUUUAUAUAAAAUCAAUGUUUACAGUAUUUAAAGUGAGACUGAUUUAAGUCUCACGGUGAUCUAGACAGAAGUAACUACCAUUCUGAAAGCCUCUACAGGUCAUAAAAUGGAGAAGUAACUUAGCCUGUUCCAGGCUUUCAUUUGGCAAAGAGAGUAAUGAUAACAACAAUGCCACAAAAUGAAGCAAUGUGAGAGUACGUACAUGUAGAAUGCUUGGAACAGAGGUAAACUGGAACAGAUUGUUCCCCAAGUAAAUGGUCUGAAUGCUCUUUUGCUCAUUUCAAAUGCUUUCUUCAUUCGCCAGAUCCUGAUAAUUACCAAGCAGUCAUACCUAGAACAGUUAUUGUCUUUUGUACUGUAAACAAAAAAUAUGAGGUUUUUUCUUGAAUCCUUUCUAGCCUAAUAAAUUGUCAUGCAUUAGUUCCCUUUGUUUGGCUAUGGUAACGUAAAUCUUCAGUGAAGUGUGAUCAGUAGCACUUGGCCCAACAAUCUGAUAAUAUUUUUGUAUUUAUUUAUGCUUUGUAAUUUGAAUACGUAAGACAGAAAGCCUCAUAGUGCAAUUAGAUUUGCUUUCUCUUUCUUAAGUUUGUGAUUUUUAAUAUACAUGCCAAAAUUUCAGCAUGCCCAUUGGCUGAGAGUAUGCCCCAAACAAUGCAUAAAGCUUAAAUUGCAUGCUGAAAGACAAAAGUGAGUGUAAAUUAUUAACAAUUAAUCAAAUAUUAUCACUUGAAAAAAACAAUUAAUAGGGGCAAUUUACAGUUGUGUACUUAGCUGCCAAGCCUUUGAUUUGGAGUGAGGCUGAAGGUGACCUUGUUGUGAUAGAAACCAGUAUGUAGUGAACAUGAUAGCAAAGCAAUUAACAUUUGAAAGGUAGCAAGGUUUUAGUGUGUUGUAACAAGGUCACCCUUAGCCUCACUCCUGUUCAAAGGCUUGGCAACCAAGCACGCAACUGUAAAAUGGACCAUUGUACAAUUCAACAUGAACAUGAAAACAUUUGAUUACCUAAGUAUGCAAUUGCCACUAUGAGGUCUAAAUAAUGAAGUUUUUAUUUUAUAUUAUUUUAUACCUAGUUACUUUAAUUCGUAUGGGAACUAUUUUAAGAUUCUAUUAGAAUUAGUCCAUUUUACAGUUGUGUGCUUGGUUGCCAAGCCUUUCCACAGGAGUGAGGCUAAGGUUGACCUUGUUAUGAGACAAACCUUGUUGCUUUUCAAAUGCAAAUUACUUUGUUAGCAUGCUAACUAAAUACUGGUCUCUAUCACAACAAGGUCACCUUCAGCCUCACUCCCAAUCAAAGGCUUGGCAACUAACUACACAACUGAAAAAUGGCCUAUUGCCCAAACACUCAACUCUUGCACCAGAAAUUAUUGUAUUUUUGUCUCUUACUUUUAAUUCUUCCUUUUUGAUAUUUAAUUUAUCAUAUUUCAUUACCUGAUAUGUUCCAGCUAUGUUGUUGUUGCAAAUAUAUAAGAAUUUUGUAAGAAAGAAACAUUUCACAUGAAAGGAUAAAUGAUUUUUAACAGUAUGUUGGAACAAUAAUUGUUAUGUUAUUAGUCAAUAAUUCUUUGCAUCUUUAUUGAAAGUAAUGGUUGGAUUAUGCUGAUGUAGUUCAACAGGUCUCUACUUAUUGUUCCUAAAAAUUUCAGGUAAAAACACAGGGAAUUAUGUUCCAAAUAUUUUCAUGAGUAGAUUGCAAUAACAUCCUGUUAAUGAUAAAAUUUGAGAAGUGGAAACACGAGGAGUUUUUGGGUGAAAGUGAACCUGAAGUUUCCAUUAUGAAGUACAGUGAUUCAGGUUUUUUUUUUAAUUUUUAGAGGUGAUUAUAGGGAAAUUUUAUCAUGGGCUGUAUGACACACUUGUAAAGAUUCUGCUACAUUCCAUCAUCCCCACAGGAUUCAAAUGUCAAAUUUAGAAAAUUUUUUAGCUUACAAAACUGGUGCUCAGGUUGGCAUACCCAAGAGAGUGCUGUAAAGUGUCUCUAAAUCUCAUGCCUGAGUACUGAUUACAUUACUGAAAGCAUAUUGAUAAGUAUUAUUUUGAACUUUUGAUACAGCUGAACUUUUAGCAAUGAAUUAAAGUGUCUUUUUAAUG